AUGGAUGACUUUAGCAUUGAAAAGGUCAUCGGCAAGGGCAGCUUUGGCAAGGUCAUGCUCGUGCGGAAAAAGGAUACCGGCCGCAUCUAUGCCCUCAAGAAGAUCAGCAAGCAACACCUCAAGGAUCGCGGCGAGAUUGAGCACACGAUGUCCGAGCGCCGCAUCCUCGUCAAGUCAAGCUCCCCCUUUCUUGUUGCCCUCAAGUUUUCCUUUCAGACUCCAGACAAGGUCUACUUUGUCCUCGAUUACGUCAGCGGUGGCGAGCUGUUUGUGCACUUGCAGCGCGAUGGCAACUUUUCCGAGUCACGCUCGCGAUUCUAUGUGGCCAUGCUCAUCCUGGCCCUGGAGCACCUCCACGCGCUCAACGUCAUUUAUCGCGAUCUCAAGCCCGAAAACGUCCUGAUUGACAUGAAUGGCUACCUAAAGUUGACGGACUUUGGCCUCUGCAAAGAAGGCAUUGACAAGUUUGGCCGCACCUACACCUUUUGCGGUACACCAGAAUACAUGGCGCCGGAAAUCCUGCAGCAGAAGGGCUACGGCAUGGAAGUGGAUUGGUGGACUGUGGGCACUCUACUCUUUGAGAUGCUCACAGGCCUGCCGCCCUUUUACGACCAGGACACCCAGGAGAUGUAUCGACGCAUUUUGUUCCAGCCCUUGACAUUCCCCGAGGAGGUGUCUCUCAAGGCUCAAGAUUUGAUUACUCAGCUGCUGCAGCGCAAUCCCUCCGCUCGCCUCGGUCGUCUUUCGGCCAAGGAGAUUCAGCGUCAUUUGUUCUUCAAGGACAUGGACUGGGCGGCCCUGGAAAAGAAACAGCUUGAAGCACCUUGGAAACCCCGCAUCGGGGACGAGCUGGACACGAGCAACUUUGAUGAGGAGUUUACUCGUAUGCGUGCCGUGGACACCCCUUUGCAGGACACGCUGCUGUCAGAGAGCGUCCAGCAAAAGUUUGCUGGUUUCACGUUUGUGGACCAAGGCGAAUUGUAG